GUGCUGGCCAGAGCGGACUGGCCUGGUGGGGGUGGGUCAGUCUGUGCGAAAAGCCCCUCUACUGAUGCUGUCGUGCAAAGUCUAGACUUUGUACUCGCUAGAGGAAAGUGACAGUCGCCCAUAACACGCCUAUCCAUCCUCUCCCAACCUCACAUCUAGCCCAUUUCCGUAGCCGCAAUGCCUCCCCCUCCGAAGCAAAAGCCCCCUCACAAAAUGUUUGUGACCAUGAACAGCUUGCGCAAUACGACGAUGUCCGUGGACGAUAACAAGAUGUACUACGAGGUCGUCACGCGCUACUGGCAUCCGAAUCUGACGAAGAUCAUCAAACACGAUUUUGAGACACGCGAGCUGGAGCCGCUUGCAGAGAUCGAGGGGAUACGAACCAAGGAACCAAAGGUCCGCUUUGGAGGGGAGAAGGGCGAAUGGGUUUCCGCGUCUGACUUCAUGAAGUUCGACCAAGACGAACCCGGAGGAACAAUCGCAACGGGUGCCGGUGUCGAAUUCCGUUGGAAAGUGCACAAGGGACAGCUUCAGCUCGUUCGUGCCGACGAUGCGGAACAGAAGCCCGUCGUCACAUUCCACCCUCAUAGAAGACACUUCUGGAUCUUCCGCAUGUCCAAGCAUGCGUACUUCGAGAUCAAGCCAGAGCCAGAGGUGACGGAGGCCUUGGACAGACUCGUUGUCAGCUACCUGCUCGUCGAAAGGCGGCGAAGGAGAAAGGGCAUCAGAGUUGUCCGAUAUGUCUCUUGAAUCUCACGUAUUUCUUUCACCCGUCUGUCAGCUGUGUAUCACGAUCAGGUCGAGCACUCGUAUCCAUGCAUUGCAGCGCAUCACCUUCCAAUCGC